GCUCAGCAAAAUACUGCUCAACUCCUGCUGUUGUCAAAUGUAUACAAAUUUAUUUUAUUUUUGUUCUGAUGAGUGCCUUAAAUUUAAAUAUCCCACCUGUGCAAGAAAUGUUCUGUUUCGUACCUCACUAUAAAAAAUGAUAGAUGACACAGCUGUCAAAGUAGUGGUUAGAAUACGUCCACAAAUAUCUCGGGAUAUUUUAGAUUUGUGUCAUGUUUGCACGAAAACUAUUCCACAUGAGCCUCAAAUUUGGAUUGGAAAUGAUAAGUCCUAUACCUUUGAUCAUGUAUAUGACAUGCCAACACCUCAAGAUGAAAUAUUUGACUCUGUUGUCAAGGAACUUGUUGACGGCUGUUUUGAUGGUUACAAUGCUACAGUUUUGGCAUACGGACAGACAGGAUCUGGAAAAACAUAUACUAUGGGUACUGGUUUUGACAACAGCUUUAAUCUCGAUGAAAGAGGCAUUAUUCCGCGAGCUGUUGAGCACUUAUUUAAGACAAUCAGUGAUAUACAAGAAAAGGAAAAAGAAAAAGGAUGCACACCACCUGAAUUCAAUGUUCAUGCACAGUUUAUGGAACUGUACAAUGAAGAAGUUAUUGAUCUAUUAGAUACUGCUAGAGAAUUGGAUAAUAAAACGAAAAGAACUCAUGUUCGUAUACAUGAAGAUGCUGAUGGCAAAAUUUAUACCCAUGGUGUAAUUGCUCAGUGUGUUACAAAUGUACAAGAGGCUCUACAUUGUCUAAAAAUUGGUUCAUUAUCCAGAACAACUGCAAGUACAGGCAUGAACACUCAGUCUUCCAGGUCACAUGCUAUAUUUACUCUUCACAUUAAACAACAGAGAAUGACUAAAUCUGGCAGGAUAUCUGUUGGCGGUGAUACUUGCAAUUCAACUUUACACAAACAUAAUGAAUCCUUGAACGAGCUAGAAACUUUAACUGCAAAGUUCCAUUUUGUUGAUUUGGCUGGCUCUGAAAGAUUGAAACGUACUGGGGCAACGGGAGAUCGACAAAAAGAGAGCAUUUGUAUAAAUUCUGGGCUACUUGCUCUUGGAAAUGUGAUAUCUGCACUUGGUGAUAAAUCUAAAAGGGCAACUCACAUACCAUAUAGAGAUUCUAAAUUAACAAGGUUAUUGCAGGAUUCUCUUGGGGGAAACAGUCGGACGCUGAUGAUUGCUUGCGUGUCACCAUCUGACCGAGAUUUUGUUGAAACACUGAGUACCUUAAAGUAUGCUAAUAGAGCUAAAAAUAUAAGAAAUAAAGUUACUGCUAACAAAGACAAGUCUAGCCAAACUAUCAAUGCUCUUCUGAGGCAGGUUGAAAACUUACAAAUAGAACUAAUGGAAUUCAAACAGGGCAAAAGAAUAAUUAGUGAUGGAAUUGAAUGCAUUAAUGAUAUGUAUCAUGAAAACACUAUGCUCCAGUCAGAAAAUAAUUCUCUGAAAACUAGAAUAAAAGCUCAACAGCAGACAAUAGAUGUUUUGAAUGCAAAAAAUGCUCAGCUGGAAGCAGAAAAGAGGAGUGGUGAUUGGAGUAAAAAUAGUGAUGGUACCCAGUCUGAUAUUCCAAAUCUGGUGUUGGGUUAUGUUUCUGAAAUCGAAGCAUUACGAGCCAAGCUUAUUGAGUCAGAAAAUUCAAAUGCUCUCUUGCGAAAAAAUUAUCAGAAAGCUUCACCACAGUAUGCUUUUAAUCCCACAUCUACUGUGGCUAUUACUGGGCAUUAUGACAUUCGAAUUGAUAAUGGAACAUCUGUAACAGACAUUAUUGAAGAAGCAAGAAAGAAUGUUAAGAAAUUAAAACGAAAAGAAAAGAAAUUAAAAGGGGAGAAAGAAACUGGUGAAAAAGCUGCUGAAGAAGAAGAUGAGAAAGAUAUAGCUGAAGAUGGAGAGGCUCUUGAGGAUGGAGAUGAAGAGGAAAGUACUUCAGAAUCUGAAAGUGAUAAAACAGAACAGGAACAGAAACUGAGUGAAAAUGUUGCUGACAUCACAUGUGAUAUUACAUUGAAAGAAAAGCUUAUCCGUAUGCUGGAAAUGAGUCAGAGGCGAAUCCACAACAUGAAAAACUAUUAUGAAGAUAAGCUGGCUCAGUUGCAGACAAAAAUUCUGGAGGCAGAAAAAGAAAGAGAUAAAAUCAUAUCAAAUCUAAAUAAAACUGCUGGCAACAAGUCUGAAGAACGAAGGAUCAGAGCAGAUUAUGAAAAGAAAAUUUCUUCUUUAAAAAAUGAUGUUCAGCAAUUUGAAAAUGCUAAAAGAAAUCAUGCACAGCUUCUGAGCUCAGCAUCUGAAUCUGAAGCAAAGUUAAAAAAAUUGAAGCAAGAAGUGGCUGAAAUGAAGAGGGCUAAAGUUGCUCUACUAACCAAGAUGAAAGAAGAGGCUAAGAAAUUCAAAGAUUCUGAGCAGAAGCGCAAUAGAGAAAUAGCUCUAUUGAAAAAAGAAAAGUUGAACAAAGAAAGCCAAAUACGGGCCCUCGAGGCUGAAAAGAAACGUAAAGAUUUAGUUCUUAAGAAAAGAGCAGAUGAAAUACAGAACUUGAAGAAAAAAUUCAUUGUCAAAUGUAUAUCUCCAAGAAGUGCCAGUCGCUUGAAGACAGGUCCAUUUCAACAUAGAUUGGCGAAGCAAAGGUGGCAACAAUUAGAAAAUAAACUUAAUAAAUUAGUUUUAAAUCGACAAAAUAUUGCUGCCAUUGAAAGGGAUAUGGACAGAUGGCUUAAAGAAAGAGAAAAAAUUGGACGGUGUCUGGACAAAAUAUCUAAAAAACGAGAAAGAGCUGUGUUUGAAAACAGGGAGUCUCAUGUAAUAGGAGAGUUAGAUGAUGAAAUUGAAAGUUUGAAAGCAAACAUUGAAUACAUUCAUGAAAAUUUGUCAGAAUGUCAGACGGCAAUAACAGGCUUAGAAGAAGCAAGAGAGCAAAUAAAUUCGGAUGAUAUUGUAAGUGCCUUGAAUAAUAUGCCAUUGGAAGAGUCUCACUACUUGAUUGAAAAGAUAGUUCUCCUUGCAAUUGAUCAGAGUUUCCAAAAUAGUCAAAAGGAAAUUCAGAUGAAAGAAUUAGAGUCUCAUUUAGCCCAAGUCAUUGAAAAUAAUGCUGUUCAAGAGCAGCUACUGUUUCACGUUGUUCAACAAGCUAAUGAACAUUUAGCUGGAUAUAUAGAAUUAACAGCACAUACUGAACAAACAGAUCCAUCAGAAAAUGAUUCUGAAUCUAGGUCCCCAUCUCCUGUUGAGAGUAUGUCCAGCUUUUCUCGGGAAUCAACCUUUAUGUCCGAAAAACCACGGAGGAGAAAAGCUAGGAAUCAGCCAGUUACUACUGAGCAACUAUUGUUCUCAACAGGAGAUAAUGAAACUUCUUCUAAAGUUCAUGUCAGUGAUAUUAAUGAAUUGACUCAGGGGGAUUUUCCUGUACAUCUACAUGAGUCUCCUACAAAAACAGAUGAAAAAUCUUUGUCAUAUGUUGUGCUCCCUGCUGCUAAUAAAUACCAGAAUGGAAACACUAGUUUACAAUCUACUGUGUCUUAUGCUGAUGAAAUACCCUCAACAUUGGGAUUUAAACCUAUUAUUGCAAACAAUGGAAAACAAAGCUCCUAUUUGGUUUGUUCACACAUUGUGGAAGGACAUGACCAAGCUGUUUUAUGUGUGGAAUGUACUGAUGAUGUUUUAUUUAGUAGCUCUGAAGAUGGCUACAUUAGGAUAUGGGAUUUAGCAAUUAAUGCAGAGAUUCAAAAUAUGAAUCAUAUCAGUGCAGUUAGAAAGGUAUGUUACUGUGAAUAUACAAGAAGAGCCUUUACUACUUCUGCAUCAUCAGUAAAAGUCUGGGAUGUAAGACAGAAUCCUGCAUCUAUUGUGCACACAUUUUGGGCAUCUGGUAAGCUUGAACGACUGAAAGAUGCAACUCUAGGUCUUGAUGAUGAAAUAAAUGAUAUAUCUUUAAACCAGUAUGGUACUCUCCUUUACGCAGCUUCUACACGAUCGGUUCAAAUAUUUGAUUUGAGGAUGUUGCAAUGUAUAGGAGCCUUGGAUGUUGGUUAUAAGUCCAAUGUGCUGUGCCUAGCUGUUAACGAUAUGGAGUUUCAGAAAAAUAGAAUAGUAUGUGGUACUGGCGACAAAGCUCUUAAAGUAUUUGAAGCAAGGGAAGAUGAUUUCGGCAUUCAUAAGCCAAAAUACAGUCUUUCGCCUUUUCAUGAAGAUGCAAUCCAAGCUCUUGCCCUUUAUGAUAAUACUUUAUUGUCUGCUUCGAGAGAUAAGUCUAUAAGAAAGUGGAACUUGGAUACCAAACAAGCAGAAUAUGUUGUGCAAAAUGCACAUAACGACUGCAUUUGUGCUGUAAAUGUAUUGCAAGAUCGUAAUGAAUUUGUCACUGGUUGCAAAUCUGGUUUCCUUAAGCUGUGGUCGACUGGCUCUUUCAGGAAAUUUGAAGAAAUCAGAGGUCAUCAGUCAUCUAUUAAUAGCAUAUCUUCUAAUAGCUCACUUGUUUUUACUGCAUCCAAUGAUUGCAAAAUUGGAGUUUGGAAGCUGAGAGAUGCUGGAACUCAAGGAUUUCAAAUGUUGAGCUGAAAUUUGUUGUAAAAAAUUUUCCAUUAUUUUGUCACUAUUGUUCUAAGAGUGUGCCUUAUACUAAACAGAACUAGUAUUAAUAGCACGAAAGUUAACUAUUUGACAGUAUGUAUAUUUUCUUGUACAUCACAUCGACCGGUUCAUUUUUUGUUAUAUUUAAGUUUUUGUACAUUUUCCUUUAUUAAAUAGUUUAUUAUUUUUAAAAAAUUACUAUGCCAGAAUUAGAUUGCAAUGCACAGCUUUUAGUCUUUCAUUUUUAUCUGUCAUAGGAAUUCAAAAAAGAGCUUCUUUUCUCUUAUGUAUAAUCAUAGAAAACAAUGUUUAAAAAAAAAAUAGCAUUUGUGUACCCAUCUUGGAGCUAGUAAUCCAUUUAAAGUUUCACUAUUGUGAAAAGUUUUUAUAAACAAUUUUUUUAAUAAUUUGAUACAUCAUACAUAUUUUGAUUAAAAAUAAAACUUUUUUAUGUAAUGUGACUUAACACAUGGUGCUCAAUUAUUUAUAUACGCAUUUUUAUAAAUGUGUUUUUUAACUAUUGUAAUUAGUGUGCCUUAAAAUUUCGAUAAGCAUUUUAUAAAAAAAAAUGUAUUUAAUUUAGUAUAUUGUAACAGUAUUUAAUACAACUAUUUUUAAUUCUUUAACUAAAUAUUAAAAUAAAUAAUUCUUUUGAAAUAACUACUAGAACUAAUAAAUAGUGUAUUCCUGUGUUGUUUAAUAUUAUGUUGUUGAGCAUUUUUUUUUUUUCAUUUCAUGUUAAAAAAAUUUUAAUAUGUUUUAGUAUUCUAAAACAGUCAUGUAUUUAAUGCAGCUAUUUUUAAUUCUCUGUUAACUAAAUAAUUAUUAUAUUGUAGUAACAAAUAUUACCAGAGCUAAUAAACAGUGUACAUUCCUGUGCUGUUUGACUGUA